GGCUUACUAGGAUGAUCCCUUCGAAUAGAUUGCAGCUAGGAAGCCGAUAUAAAAGCCAAUGAUCGGCGAUCGAGGAUCUCAGUCAUUGAUAGUGUUUCGAAGCAGGCGACAAGUAGAGUACACUAUCUGAGCUGUGGUGCUACCGUUGUUGGAAGCUCUCCCUCCCGUGCCUCUUCACCGCCUUUGGCUUUCGUCCGAUCUCUUUCUCUCCGUCUCGUAGACCCUCACUAACUAGCCACAAUGUGUGACGAUGAUCAGGGAGCGUUGGUCGUAGACAAUGGAUCCGGCAUGUGCAAGGCUGGCUUCGCUGGUGACGAUGCCCCGCGUGCCGUAUUCCCAUCCAUCGUUGGACGCCCCCGGCACCAGGGUGUGAUGGUCGGUAUGGGUCAAAAGGACGCCUACGUAGGCGAUGAAGCCCAAUCGAAGCGAGGUAUUCUGACGCUCAAGUAUCCAAUCGAGCACGGUAUCAUCACCAACUGGGACGACAUGGAAAAGAUCUGGCAUCACACGUUCUACAACGAGUUGCGAGUGGCGCCCGAGGAACAUCCGAUUCUGCUGACGGAAGCCCCGCUGAACCCCAAGUCCAAUCGUGAGAAGAUGACUCAGAUCAUGUUUGAGACGUUCGCUGCUCCGGCCGCCUACGUUGCAAUCCAGGCUGUGCUCUCCCUGUACGCUUCCGGUCGUACCACCGGUGUCGUCCUGGACUCCGGAGAUGGUGUCUCGCACACUGUCCCCAUCUACGAAGGUUAUGCCCUGCCACAUGCCAUCCUGCGUAUGGACUUGGCUGGUCGCGAUUUAACCGACUACCUGAUGAAGAUCCUGACCGAGCGAGGCUACUCGUUCACCACCACAGCCGAGCGGGAAAUUGUCCGCGAUAUCAAGGAGAAGCUGUGCUACGUCGCUCUGGACUUCGAGCAGGAAAUGCAGGCCGCUGCCGCAUCUUCAUCGUCGGAGAAGUCCUAUGAACUGCCCGACGGCCAGGUCAUCACCAUUGGCAACGAGCGCUUCCGAGCUCCGGAAGCCCUGUUCCAGCCGUCCUUCCUGGGAAUGGAAGCCACCGGUGUUCAUGAGACUGUCUACAAUUCGAUCAUGCGUUGCGACGUGGACAUCCGUAAGGAUCUGUAUGCUAACAGUGUCCUGUCCGGAGGUACCACCAUGUAUCCAGGUAUUGCCGAUCGUAUGCAGAAGGAAAUCACCUCGCUGGCUCCGUCCACAAUCAAGAUCAAGAUCAUUGCCCCGCCUGAGCGUAAAUACUCCGUCUGGAUCGGUGGUUCCAUCCUGGCUUCGCUGUCCACCUUCCAAACGAUGUGGAUCUCCAAGCACGAGUACGACGAGGGCGGCCCAGGAAUCGUCCACCGCAAGUGCUUCUAAGCAACGCAUUAUGCCUCGACCACCACCACCAAGUAUCAACGACAACUACCAAGAACUGCCACAUAAUAAUCAUGAUAAUUAUAGGAAGCACUGCCCCCCUCAUCCCCACCGAAGAAAGCACGGUCCCGCUGCCAU